CAGGUGCUGUUCGUGAAAAGAAGAGAAAUCAUGGCUUAUACAGUGAAUGUCCCUUAAACUCCUGGACCAAAACCAGGGGAUUUUUCAUGAAAGAUGGCAACACCAUACGUUCCUGUUCCUAUUCCUAUUGGAAGUUCAUCAUCCAGCUUUACAAACAGAAACCAAAGAAGUUCUUCCUUUGGGAGCAUCUCAACGAGUUCAAGCUCCUCCAAAGGACAGCUGGAGGACUCUACAAUUGGUAGUUUUAAAAAGAUGAGUGUGCCUGAUCAGAUUGGUUCUACAUCAUCUGCAUGUAGUAGUCCACUUGUUAGGACUAAAUUUACAGGUGUGAAUACAUCCAUAGAAUACUGCACUCAACCUGUAGAAGAAAUAGAGCAGAAUACAGAUUCCAGGAACUGGGAAGAUCGACCAACUACGCCUACUAUACUGGGCUAUGAGGUGAUGGAGGAAAGGGCAAAAUUCACUGUAUACAAAAUACUGGUAAAAAGAAGUCCAGAGGAAAGUUGGGUGGUUUUCAGACGGUACACUGACUUCUCCAGGCUUAAUGACAAGCUAAAAGAUAUGUUUCCAGGCUUUCGGUUGGCCCUUCCACCAAAGCGCUGGUUCAAAGAUAAUUAUAAUCCUGACUUCUUGGAAGAUCGACAGUUGGGACUGCAGGCAUUCCUCCAGAAUUUAGUAGCUCACAAAGAUAUUGCAAACUGCCUUGCAGUGAGAGAAUUUCUUUGUCUGGAUGAUCCUCCAGGUCCUUUUGACAGCCUAGAAGAGAGCAGGGCUUUCUGUGAAACUCUGGAGGAAACAAAUUACCGCCUACAAAAAGAACUGCUUGAAAAACAAAGGGAGGUUGAAUCACUGAAGAGAUUGUUAAGUGAAAAGCAACUCCAUAUAGAUGCUGUUGAAAGAAGAAUUAGGGAUUUAUCUUUAGGAAAAAUGACUCGUCAGAUGUCAGGAGAAGAAAGUGAGUGCAGUGGUGAGGUGGAGUCUUCUGCAGUAGAAGCAGACCAGGGUACCCUGGGUGAGGACAGCUGCUCAGACAAAGAGAACCAUGAGGCAUGUUGGAGUGGCUCUUUGGCUGGAAAUUCUGUUCCAGAAAUUGAAGUUGCUGAAGUAGCAUAUACCGCAGAUGAAGAAUAG